AUGUCAUCAAACGAUGGCAUUCUCACAGAGUCACAACCGCAACGCGAGCCGAAAUGGUCUAUUGCUGUUAAGAACUUCUCACCAUUAUGGUUCACUAUUUCGAUGGACACUGGGAUCCUCUCUAUAAUCCUUAAUCUGCUUCCCUAUCGCUUCUCUGGUCAAGAAAUUCUGUCCACGAUUCUAUUCGUCUUCAAUAUCGUCAUUUUCGCCAUCUUCGCCCUCCUGAGCAUUAGCCGCGUCUUCACUCAUCGCCGCCAUGUCAACAACGAAACACUGAACUCCGUCGAAGAAUUGUCUUACCUCGGUGCACCACCUACUGCCUAUUUGACUCUCGUUGCGCAAGUUACUCUAACAUGUAGCACGGCUUGGGGUUUCCCAUGGACAGUCGUGGCAUAUGUUCUUUGGUGGAUCGGACUUGUCUGGACCGUUUCCCUGACGAGCUUCACGGUCGUCACGCUGGUCAAACGAAAUAUCACGCACGAUCGCGCAUUGUCACCUGCCAUCUUUCUCCCGCUGAUCAGUAUCAUGACUCUCGGUACUACAGCCGGGAUAGUUACGAACUAUUCUACCGGCAUUAGCCCUUCCAUGGCAGUACCAGUGAUUGUUGUUGGGUACAUGGCAAUCGGUUACGCGUUCUUCCUCAGCUUAUUGUAUUACACGUACAUUGCGCAUAAGCUCAUUGCUGUCGGAGUACCUGCACCAGCGAAGAUUCCGGCUCUGGUCAUUACCGUUGGACCAAUGGGACAAUUCGCUACUGCGAUACAGGUUCUGAGUACUGCGGCUAGUUCACGAGGGCUAUUCGGAGCCUACAAUCAGGGCACGUGGUUGAAGAGUAAUGCGGCGAGUAGUGUGAGUGCGACUGCGACGCUGAUUGCGUUGUUGGCGCUGGGUUUUGCAUUCAUGUGGAUUACUGUGAGUUGGUACAUUGUGAUCGAAUCGAUGGUCAAGAGGCAAUUGCCGUAUAGUUUGACGUGGUGGAGCUUGAUCUUCCCGAUGGGGGUUGUGUUGGGCAUACCACAGCAGCGAGAAGAGGAAGACCAACAGGCAAAAGACAAGAAAGAGCGGAUGGAUCGGUAUAUCGUCAGGAACGGACACAUGAACGGGAACGCUAGCAGCAGUAAUGUGUAG